CAUUCUAUUCCACCUCUAGAACCCUAGAAACAAUGGUGGGUUUAGAAAAUGCAGACAAAGCUUCUGAAGCUUCUCUUCGAAACCCUAGAAAGAAGCGCAAACAGCGGCCUCCAAACAACCCUAAGAACUCCAAGAAGAGGAAGUCCGUUGUGAACAACAACCGCGAUGCGCAAAAUGCCAACAAUGGUAGUGAAAACAGUGCAUCGGAGGCACUUCCAUUGGAGCCCUUCAGCUUUUUUCUGGAUGAGUUCCAGACGGCUAAUGAUGUGCAGAUUUCUUCGCUUGAGUUUGAGUCCAUGAAAGAUAGAUGUAUUCUGGGUCCUCCUGAAAGUUCAGUGCAGGAUGAUAAAACCUUGGUGAAACAUAUCAAGGAAGCUUUUGGGUCAUCGUGGAAAGAAGUUCUUUGUAAAGGGAAACUCUUUGAAGGAAAGACUGAACCUGGUAGUCCUGCUGUUCUUAUAAUCAGCACAUCUGCACUUAGGUCGAUUGAACUUUUAAAGGGUUUUCGAUCGCUAACUGAAGAAUGCCAUGCUGUAAAGCUAUUUUCAAAGCACAUGAAGAUUGAGGAGCAGAGGGGGGAUGAUAAUUGUUUUCAUUUUGCUAUCAGGAACAAUUUCAAACUUUGGAUUUGGGAGAUGAAGAUACUUCAAAUAACUAUCAGAGGCAAAAGCACUGCUGAAUUUGAUGGUUUGCACGUACAGCUGUUGAAGAACCGUGUUAACAUUGCGAGUGGUACACCGAGCAGGAUUAAAAAAUUGAUUGAUACCGAGGCCUUGGGGCUUUCAAGAUUAGCAGUUAUUGUGCUCGACAUUCAACCAGAUAUUAAGGGAUAUUCUUUAUUUUCACUUCCACAAGUCAGAGAUGAGUUCUGGGAUUUGUACAAGAGCUACUUACACCCAAGAGUUGUUGAAGGUGAGCUACGAAUUUGCCUCUUUGGACCUUUACAACCUUCUCGAAAGCGAAGGAAAAAAGAACUUACCAGUCCACCAGGUACAGAGCAAGAAGAAUCAGAAAUGGAGAGAAUGUAAGUGUUGAUGAAGUAUCAGUGUACUUUCAUAAUGGGGCACACAUUUAAUCAUGAAAUCGCCUACACCAAUGUAAGCGACUGAGUAAUAUUAUAUAUAAGUGAUCGUUACAAUCAUAUAAACGAUCAAUUAUUAAAAAAAAAAAAGCAAAAUGUUGGGUUUAAUCAAGUCUAAAUACGAUCAAGUUGGUCGAAUA